GGGCCGUUCCCGGGGCAACGGCCGGGCCGGGCCGGGGCCGAGCGGCCGCGCUGGGCAGCGGCACCCGCCGGGAAUGGGGCCGGUGCCGGGGCCCCCCCGACACGAUGCUGCUCGGCAGGAAGCCGGACGGGCCUCUCGCAGCGGCCAGGAUUGGCGAUGGAUUGUACGACUCCUAUAUGAGGAUAGAUGAGUGUAGAUACCCAGAGCCUACAAAUGAAGAACGGAGCCCUUCGGGACUUCCCUCCCUUUCAAGACCUCAUGUUUCUAUCAACAAACUUAUAAUGAAGGAUCACCCUCUGGCUGCAAAUCAGGUCAAAGUGGAGCAGUUAUUUGAGGACUCUGGCAAUAGAAGGAGCAGCACUCUUCAGUCUGCAGGCCUUACUCCAGAAAGAUCUCUCCCUUCCCUGCCAAAAGAGAAAACCCUUGAGAGCCUGGGUGCUAGAGGCAAUGGAAGCUCCUUGAAAUCACAUAAAGCUGUCUCCCAAGCUCCAGAGGAAGCUGUCAAACAGUUCAAACAUCUGCUAUCAGCUUAUGAGCAGCAGGAGAUCUUCAGUUUCUCCGAGAUUUACUUUGUGGGGCCGUCUGCCAAAAAGAGGCAGGGGGUGAUCGGCGGCCCCAACAACGGCGGCUACGACGACGACCAAGGCAGCUACAUCCACGUGCCCCACGACCACCUGGCUUACAGGUAUGAGGUGCUCAAAAUCAUUGGCAAGGGCAGUUUUGGACAAGUUGCUAAAGUCUAUGAUCACAAACUCCACCAACACCUGGCCUUAAAGAUGGUUCGCAAUGAGAAGAGGUUCCAUCGCCAAGCUGCCGAGGAGAUCAGGAUCCUGGAGCACCUGAAGAAGCAGGAUAAAACAGGCAGCAUGAAUGUGAUCCACAUGCUGGAAAGCUUCACCUUUCGGAACCACAUCUGCAUGACCUUUGAACUGUUGAGUAUGAACCUGUAUGAGCUGAUUAAAAGGAAUAAGUUUCAGGGGUUCAGCCUCCAGCUGGUUCGGAAGUUCGCUCACUCCAUCCUGCAGUGUUUGGAUGCCCUUUAUAGAAACAAAAUCAUCCACUGUGACUUGAAGCCAGAAAAUAUCCUCCUAAAACAGCAAGGGAGGAGUGGAAUCAAGGUCAUAGAUUUUGGGUCCAGCUGUUUUGAGCACCAAAGAGUCUACACGUACAUCCAGUCCCGGUUUUAUCGGGCGCCAGAGGUGAUCCUGGGGAGCCGCUAUGGGAUGCCCAUAGACAUGUGGAGUUUUGGCUGUAUUCUGGUGGAGCUUUUGACUGGCUACCCUCUUUUCCCUGGAGAGGACGAGGCAGACCAGCUGGCCUGUAUCAUGGAACUUCUUGGAAUGCCACCUCAGAAGCUUUUGGAUCAAUCCAAGCGAGCCAAGAACUUCAUCAACUCCAAGGGUCACCCCCGUUACUGCACGGUGUUGACGCAGCCGGACGGGAAGGUGACCCUGAGCGGGAGCCGCUCGCGCCGGGGCAAGGUCCGGGGUGCCCCAGGGAACAAGGACUGGGUGACAGCUCUGAAGGGCUGUGAUGACCCCUUGUUCACUGGUUUCCUGAAGGACUGCCUCAGCUGGGAUCCUUCCACACGCAUGAUUCCCAGCCAGGCCCUGCGGCACCCCUGGAUCUGCAAACGGGUGCCCAAAGCAGCCGGCUUGGAGAAAAGCUCCGGCAGGAGGAUUUCCAGCUAUUCAGGUUCCUUCCAAGGCAUUGCUAACAAGUUGCCUCCUGUGGCUUCAGUCCCCAGCAAGCUGAGGGCCAGUCUGACCACUGAGCCCAGUGGCAGCAUCCCUCUGUGUACUGUGCUCCCCAAACUGGUCAGCUAGUGGGGAGUGCUGGGUUCCCAGGACACACCCCGUGCGUGUUAACUGUCUGUUCAUGCCGUGGGAGGAAAUUAAAUGAGGAGGUUUUAAUGGAUUUACUUUUGUUAGGGGCUCAGUCUGGAAUAUUGGAAGAUCAGUCAGAAAUGUGCACAUUAAAGGGCUGAUUUUAUCCAGUUGCUUCCCUCACACCUGGUGCAUACCCCCACUGCUGAGGGUUCAGCUCAGCUGGGGAGUACAGAGACAGUUUGGCUGAUGUGCUGUUUAAAAGUGCUGGGUUAGAAAUCAAACCAUUUAUCAUGGUUCAACAGGUUCUUUUGCUUAAGGCAGGAAAGGAACUUGAUUUAAACUCCAUGUUUUCAGUUCUGUCCAACUGAACUCUUUCUGUUCCAGGGGAAAGUUUUUAAAUCUCUUGUCAAAAGCACAAAUGCAUUAAUGUAAUGCAUUAGGAACUUACUUGCAAAUUGCUUAAGUUUGAAGAAUUUUAUUUCUCUGCAUUGCUUUUCCCUUAUCUAUCCUGGGAUUUUAAAAACUGUGAUGGGAUGUAGACGCCAAAGGAAUUUGCUAUUGGAAAAGAAAAUACUCAGAGGAUAAAAUUUCAAAGCAGCCAUGAAAAAAUGAAAUGCCAUGAAACACGGGAUUUAUCUAAAUAAAACUACUAAUUUCUGUAACACUUUGAAUUUCCCCCAAAAAAUCUAUGGAAAGCUUGUAGGGAAAUUCGGGAUCAGGCCUGCUCCAUCACAAGUGUGAGUUAAUGUGUUCAGGUAAUGAUUGAAUUCUCUGUUUCUUUGGAGCUCAGAUUUCCAUCAUCAGUUCUGCCAGGUGUGUGUCUUUGUUUUUCCUUUGUUUCUAAAACAAAAAUGUUGAACUUCAGCAGCUGGUUUAUAUCCAUGUUUGAGAUUCUGAUAAUUGCAAAAAAUUAUCUCUUUGUGUAGAGUGAAUUCCAUUGAAUUACAUGAAGCUCUUUUAAUAAAAAUGCAAACAUGCCACCCCUGUCAGACAAGUAGAACUUUUUCAGGCCCAGGGCUGUGACUGGAAAAUGAGGGAGGGGGAAACACACAUUAAUAAUUGGGAGUGUGCUCUGAAAUCUCAACAAAAUCUCUGGAAACAUAACCAGGAAAGACUGAUAAGGUGUAAAAACUGGCUGAUCCAAAUGGAAAUAUUUUAUGGGAAGAGCUGCUUUGUUUCUAAUUGCCUUCCUUCAGGCCUUUGGGUGCCUACAUUUUCUCAUUCUUGAACUCCAUGAGCUUGUAUUUCCUCUUCCUUUAUCUUCCCAGAACAUGCCAGGGUGGUGUGACCUGUCACAGCCACAGCACAGCUUGUUGGGGUUGUUCCUUCUUGCAGCCUCAUGGCCCGAGUCCAUCUCCAGAACCAUCUGAUCCCUUGCCAGGUGCCUGAACAGGACUUUAAAUGCAAUUUAGAGCUUUUAUGAACUGAAGGUUUUAAAUGUAGUGACUUUCUCUGUAGCAGGUUUUGAAUGCUAAAGGAAGGAGACUCUCAGGAUGCAAACAAAGGAGUCACCAGGGUGAUUUUAAAGAUAAGAUAAAGAUAAAUAUUCAGUAGGAAACCCUUCCCCUGAGGAGAUGGGGCUGCUCUGGCCCCUCUGGGUCAUUACAGCACUGGGUGGAGGCCUGCAGAAAACCUCAGAAAGACUCAGCCAAAGCUCCAAAGGACUUUAAACUGAGGUUCCCAGGAGCUGAAAUGGAGGUUCUCUUGUGUGGAGCUUUUCUGAGUUGUUUUGUUGAGCAAGUGUCAAUUCAGUGAGCUUAGUAAUGACAUUGAAAUAAGAGUCUGGCCCUUAUCCGUGCAGCAGGCAGCAUGGAUGGGCUGGUUGGGUCACUCACAACCACACAUGGCUGGGAUUUUUAUUUUGCUAGGCUGAGUGGAGUUUUAUUUGAAUGAAGAACCAGGGAAGUGGAUUCUGGAGGGAAGUGGCAGAAGAUGCCAUUGAUUUUGGUAGAAUCUCUAAUAGAUCUGGCACAUUUUCAGAAGCCAGAAAUCUUCUUCCUUUUCUGCCCUUUACAUUUCUUUUUAACAAAACACACCAGGUGAGAGAGGAGGAGGGAACCUUUCAGGAGCAAUAGCUUGGUGGGAAAGGUGCAUGGAAAAGGAUUUUGUAGAGAAGAUAAGGUGGUGGUGGUGUCCUGGGAGCUGCACAGACAGGAGGAACACACAGCAGGGUCCUGGUUCAGAACCAUUCUGUCUAUAAAAAGUGUAGAAUAAUACUGACAAUUCUGUGACUUGUGGGGAGAAGUGACUGUGAGGGAACUCCUCCUGUGGCAGCCCCUGGUGCACACUGAGUAAUUUUGCUCAAGGCUGGGGCUGUGAAGCUGCAGAUGAAGCAAUUAACUGGCAAAAGAGUGGCUUUUCAUCUAGAAAAUGUGUUCAGCCUGCCCUGACUGCACAAGCUGUUUGUUUAAGACUUGCUCUUCCUUACUUGGUACUGCCAUAUUUGAAAAUCCAAUAUGUAGUUAAGUGAAUUGCUAAUUUGGGUGAGAAGGAAAAGCAGCCUCAGCAGAUAUUUACUGGGCUGGAAACUUCUUCCUAACUCAGGAAACACAGCUGAGAAUAUUGGGGUCAUGUUUCCAAUCACUAAUCCCCAAUUUCUUCAUAAAACAUUUGCUUUUGGUGAAUUGUUUGAGGCAGAAUUCCCAAACUGGGAGAGCCCUCCAGGUGAGCCAAUAAAUAUCCUGUGAGGAAUCAUCCCUGCACAGCCUGGAGUGGUUGAGUUCCCUGAGAAAGGGAGCAGGAGUUGUCCCAGCCCCACUGGGGGACCCUGGGCUGUGUCACUGUCAUUUAUCAGGGCUGGGCACGGCCUCGGUGCCUGUGCUCACCAGAUAGGGCCAAACCUCAAAGUCACACUUGUUUUUGGGAAAGCCAAACCCUGGUGAGCUCUGAAAUCCCCAGAAACCAUCACAUCAUUAGCUGUGCUACUGCUGAGAAUGUUGGAAGCAGCCUAAAAUUAACAAUGUCUGAAUGGACAAAGAGCAGUUUUUAUUUUUGAGGGAGCUUUGCUUUGUUGAGCUGCCAGCACUGGCACCUCUGUGGUGUUCUCCUCAGAAGUUAGCACAGAACACAUGCAAAUCUCUCGUGGUUACAGCAAAUCUGGCACUGCAUUUCUAAAAGUCACCCAAAGCUGUUUUAAAUGCUCCUUGAGUGUUUGACUGCCCUGUGAGAGUGCAAAUACCAACUGCUCUUUGGCUGCAGUUCCAGCUCUCUGGCUCAGCAAUAUUUUAUACAAAUCAAUGACAGUGCAUGAGCAGCACAUCUGAAAGACCCAAACCUAAAUCUAGAGAUUUUCUGGGUACCACAGACUCUCCUCACUGGUGUUUUUUAUCCUCCCAGCCUGCUGGGAUGGCAGUCCUGGUGGACCAGUGACCCAAGAAUUCACAGCAGAUUAACGGGACAGAUUUAAUACAACUUCUGUGGAAGAGUGAGUGAUUGCUUACAAUCUUUUUUACCUCUUGCAGUUGAAAACUUUUUAAGCAGUUGCAGAACUUCUUUGCAGUGAUGCUCAUCUUCAGAACUACCUCUCAAACAAGCACAGGGUCCUUUUGAAAGGGCUGCUCGCUGCAGCUCCCCUGGGUUUUUUACUUGUUUAAUACCAAAAGCUGUCCUGGCUGUGAAACAUGUAUAUGAUGAUCUCAGCAAUGUCUUGCUAAUCCCAGGCACACAAGCAAAAGGCUGAUGCUGCACCCAGAGAUCUCUGCUGAAAUGGUACAAAUCCCCUGCCUGCCAAAGUUUAAUUCCGUUGUGGAAGUGGAGAGCCAAAAUAAUAUGGAAAGAUCUGUGGGACUUGUGUGCAGCACCAGCUGAGACUGAAAACAAACUGUGCUCAGAGAGUUUAAUGAAAAGCCCUGGGGUUUCUGCACGUGCUGGGUGCUCAGAGCUCUGGGUACCUGGCAGCUUUGGUGUUGGGCACUGUGAUUUUAUAUUUGGUGCUUCACAGGAUCCUGGAAUCGUGAGGCUGGAAAAGCCCUCCAGGAUCAACAAUUCCAGCCUGUGCCUGAUCCCCACCUCGUCACCCAGACCAGUGUCCAGCCACUGGACACCUCCAGGGAUGGGCACUCCAAACCCCCCUGGGCAGCCCCUUCCAGCCCCUUCCAUGAGGAAAUUCCUGCUGAUGUCCAGCCUGAGCCUCCCCAGCCCAGCCUGAGGCCGUUCCCUCUCCUCCUGUCCCUGUUCCCUGGGAGAAGAUCCCCUGGCUGUCCUCUCCUGUCAGGGAGUUGUGCAGAGCCUGAAGAUCACAGACACCACUUGAUUUUUAUUUUUUUUUAUUAAUUUAAGGGCAGUUUGUGGAAAUAAAUACAACUCCUACAUCUCAUUAGAGAGCUCUCGUGUUCCAAAACGCCACCGAUGCCUCCAGCUCUGUCACUCCCUCUGUACCAGGACAAAUCUGUGGCUCCAGAACAUUUUCCUGGAUUUUUUUUUUAUUCCAAAUCAGAGGGGCUGGCAGGGUCGGGCAGCCUGUGCUGUCCUGUGGCUCCCCACCCACAGCACUCAGGGUUUUACCAGCCUCCCUCUGCCUCCCUGCAGCCACGUUCCUGUUCAGGGGCUCUUCCACAUUGCAGAUGUUCCAGCUAAAUGUCAGCAGUGCUCAGAAUCUGCAGCUUUGCCUUUUUCUUAGAAAUAUUGUGAUGAGGUGUGAUAGGGUGGGGAAUGUGGAAAACAUUGGAGGUGCAUGUGGAUACAUAACUGUGGAGGAACAUUCUGGAAAUCAGUCAGUCUCAAACUAUGUAUCUAAAUGUAACGAGCAGAUUUCUUCAAGUUGUACUUCGGGUCAUUUUAAAAAAGAAAAUAAAUGCAUCAUUUUCUUUAGCAA